AUGUUUUUACUCCCCACCAGUCCUUCCAACGAUUAUCGCCUUGAAGGGCGCCUUGUUGGGCAUAAGAACACCAUCAAUUGCUUAGUGGUCUCUCGCAAUGGCUAUAUGUUAGCAAGUGGGGGAUCUGACGGAAUGAUGAUUUGGGACCUUCAAAGGCAAGCUCAGCUCCCAAUCCCACCUCAAACCCCAGCCAUUCGAAACCCAGAGGAUCCGGUAACUUGCAUGUGUUGGAUUACCUGCCAUGAGGCAACGCAGGAGACAUUAUGUUAUGGCACGGGACUCGGUUUCUUAGGGAUCUGGCAGCAACAGGGGGAAGGUUUGCAGGACUUUGAUGCAAAAAUAUCAAGGAGGAUUGGGACAGGUAAAGAGAUCAUGUGUCUUACAUGCGAUCAUACUGGGAAUGACACUCAAAUUGCGAGUGGGACACGUGACAGACACAUUCAAGUUUGGGUGUUUGACUUCAAGGGACCGUUGAUACCGAUUUUCAGCGUCGAGCUUGCUACUACCAUUCCGCGCACCAUAAAUUUCAACCAUGCUGCAAGUAGAAACAUCUUGGUCUUCAGCAUGUAUGACAGCGAGAUACAUACACUUAGGGGCACAGAUGGCGCCAUCAUCGCUACAAACAAUGCCAGGCCAUUAAUCGGGCAUGCUUCUGUAGAUGCAGGCCAAACACUGUUCCUGAUGGACAAUGUUAUGAAUGGAUUCAGCUUACAUCGCCUGGAUGAUGCAGUGUGUAUCUGCACCUAUAAUACCAACCCAGUCAAGACCUUUCCGAAGCGGGUUGUUUUGGGGGGGAAGGCUACCCUCGUAGUUGGGGGUAGUGACACAGGAGUUAUUUAUGUUUUUGAUAAAAAUAAAGGGACACUGAAACAAAUCUUGCAACGUGCCAAUACAGGCCGAGUACAAACUGUGACGGUGCGCUAUUUACAUGAAAUAAGAAUUUUGAUCUGA